GACACGGCCGCAGUCUGGUGACCCGGAGCUCCACGUGCGCUGGCCCUGCCCUGCCAUGGGGCUCCUGUCGGACCCGUACCGCCGGCGGGCGCUGUCCCGGCUCAUCCUGCGCCUCAACACGCCGCUCUGCAUCCUCUGCUACGUGGCCGGGCUGGGCUGGUUCCUGGGCUUGGCCUUCCACCCCUUCACCCUGCGCACCUACAUGUCGGAGAACGCCAUGGGCUCCACCAUGGUGGAGGAGCAGUUCGCGUACGGCGAGCGGGCGCUCUCUUAUGCCCGGGAGUUCGCCGGCCACAAGAAGAAGGCCGGGGGCAUCCCCGUAGCCUGGCUGGAGAAGACCAUGUGGAACCUGGGCCUGGAGGUCUACAAGCAGCCCUUCUCCCGCACCCUGCCCUUCCCCGAUGAGGCGCGCGAGAGAUACAUGGUGAAGGGCACGAACAUGUACGGGAUCCUGCGGGCACCACGUGCAGCCAGCACCGAGUCGCUGGUGCUGAGCGUGCCCUGCAGCGAGGGGCAACAGAACAACCAGGCCGUGGGGCUCAUGCUGGCGCUGGCCUCCUACUUCCGAGGUCAGAUCUACUGGGCAAAGGACAUCAUCUUCCUGGUGAACGAGCACGACCUGAUCGGCAUGGAGGCGUGGCUGGAGGCGUACCACGAUGUCAACGUCACGGAGGUGCACUCGUCGGAGAUGCUUGGCCGGGCCGGGGCCAUCCAGGCGGCCGUCUCGCUGGAGCUGAGCAGCGACGUCGUCACCAGCUUUGACGUGGCCGUGGAGGGGCUCAACGGGCAGCUGCCCAACCUGGACCUGGUCAACCUCUUCUACGCCUUCUGCCAGAAGAACGGGCUGCUCUGCACCAUCCAGGGCAAGCUGCAGCGCACGGACUGGGACACGCUGCCGGCCUAUGUGCACAGCCUGCAGACGCUGCUGCUCAUGGUGCUGAAGCAGGGCUCAGGGCGGCCCCAAGGUGACCACGGCCUCUUCCUGCGCUACCACGUUGAAGCCAUCACCGUGCGCGGCAUCAACAGCUUUCGGCAGUACAAGUACGACAUGAGCACCGUGGGCAAGACCCUGGAGGGGAUGUUCCGGAAGCUGAACAACCUGCUGGAGCGUCUGCACCAGUCCUACUUCUUCUACCUGCUGCCGUCACUGUCCCGCUUCGUCUCCAUCGGCGUCUACAUGCCGGCCUUCGGCUUCCUCAUCCUUAUCCUCGUCCUCAAGGCCUUGGACCUGUGGAUGAAGCUGAGUAAAUGCGAUAUGGGCCCUGAGGAGCGGCUUUGCGACGGCAACCAGGGGGCCUCACAUACAGCUACGGAGGAGUCCCGGCCCGGUCUGCUCACCCUGGUGCCUCCCCUGCUCAUCUGCCAUGCCACGGGCCUCGUCCUCUACUUCCUGCCCGUGCUGGGCCAGCACGUGGCCACGCAGCACUUCCCCGUCUCCGAGUCGGAAGCCGUGGUGCUCACCGUCAUUGCCAUCUACGUGGCUGGCCUGGCACUGCCCCACAACACCCACAGGGUGCUGAUGGGCUCCGGGAGCGACCGGGGCUGGAUGACACUGAAGCUGCUGUCCCUGCUGUACCUGGCCAUGCAGCUGGGCUGCAUCGCCCUCAUCAACUUCUCGCUGGGCUUCCUGCUGGCCGUCACCAUGGUGCCCGUCGCCGCCAUCGUCCAGCCCGUGGGGCCCAAGUACGUGUACGCGGUGCUGCUGGUGCUGGUCACGCCGGCCGCCACCCUCCUGCUCAGCAUCUUCCUGUACCAGGAGCUGAUCGAGUAUCCGGUCUCGCUGCUGGAGUGCUGGCAGCUCUUCCUGCAGGCCGUGGCCGAGGGCCUCCUGGACCACUACCUCUAUGGCUCCAUCGUCUUCCCCUUCGUCGCCAUCUUCGUCUACCCCUGCUGGCUGCUGCUCUGGAACGUGCUUGCCAGCAAAGGCAACUGGAAGAGGCACUCCCUCGGUGCACGCCCUUCGCUGCGCGGGGGCGCGUCGGCAGAGCCCAGCCUGUGGGGCGAGGAGCUGCCAGCUGCGGCCGCCUUCAGCCCAGCUGCCUCCGGUGGCUCUGGGCGAGUGGAUGGCAUCGAAGCUUGCAGACGUCCGGGUCCCAGCACACCUCGCCUGUUACCUCGAGGCCGUGGGCUGGAUCUUGGCCUGUUGCAUGCGAAGGCAUUUGAGGGAGUGUCGGUGGCUGCUCCCUGCGAGCUCGCUGUAGGAAUCGACUAG